AUGAUGGAUCUGAAGGAGAGCUGUGGCAGUCAGGGGAGCCAGGAGAGCUCCAGCCUGCGCCCCACCUCCUGGCAGGCCUUCGCCCACAGCAGCACGCUGCACGGCUUGCGCUUCGUCUUCCCGUACGGCCAGCCCAGCGCCCGCCGCCUGCUCUGGGCUGCCGCUCUGCUGACCUGCCUGGGACUGUUGGCCCUAGAGAGCGCCGAGCGGUUUGCCUACUUCCUCUCCUACCCUCACGUGACCAGCGUGGACGCCGUAGUGUCGAGCAGUCUGGUUUUUCCCGCCGUCACCAUUUGUAACCUGAACGCGUACCGCUUCAGCCGCCUCACGCGCAACGACCUGUACCACGCUGGAGAGCUGCUGGCCCUGCUGGAUGUGCACCUGACGAUCCCCCAGCCUCACCUCGCUGAGCCCGACGUGCUCGCCUUCCUGCAGGAAAAAGCCAACUUCACGGCCUACAGGCCCAAGGCGUUCAGCAUGAAGGAGUUCAUCGAGAGGGUAGGCCACGACCUUAAGGAGAUGAUGCUCUACUGCAGAUACCAGGGCCAGGACUGCAGCCACAACGACUUCAAACCCCGUGAGGGCGACUGGCAGGCGGGCAGGCUGGAAGGAAGGAAUGGAGGAGGAGAGCUCAGCUUGGACGUUAAUGUUAAAGCGAGCUGUGAGGAGGCUGCUGACACCCGGAGUGGUGCCGUCUCACGCCUGGCUGACUGCAUGAUGAGGCCAGAAUGA